GAUAAUGAUAUGACCUUGAAGAGGAGAUUUAAGAAGAUCCAGAUUCUCAUCCUCACUGCAGAAGGAGUUCACAUCUGCUAAGAGGCAGGUUUCUCUUUCCUGGGUUUCAGAAUUUGUCUUCCCCUGCCCAGCACAAGCAACACUGGUGGGCUGGGGAAAAGAAAAGCAGAAGGAAUCUUCUGAACCUGGACUAAGCACUGUUCUGAGCUCACCAGGAACCCAGCACACACACCGAAAAGAUGGUUCGAGAUGUGAGAUUUCCUCUCCUACUGCUGCUGGGGCUACUUGUGCUACCGUGUCCAUUGUGGGCUUUGCCUAAGAAACUCACGAAGGCUCAAUGGUUUGAAAUCCAGCACGUACAGCCGAGUCCUCUCCGAUGUGACAAGGCAAUGAGUGGUGUCAACAAUUAUACCCGGCACUGUAAGCCUACAAAUACCUUUCUGCAUGACUCUUUCCAAAAUGUGAGUGAUUCCUGCACCUCGCCCAAUGUCACCUGCAAGAAUGGUCAGAAAAACUGCCACCAGAGUGCAAGUCCUGUCAACCUGACUAUCUGCAGGCUCACCAGAGGGAAGUAUCCUCACUGUCCGUAUAAAGAUGUUCCCCAGAUCAAAUUCUUCAUUGUGGCCUGCGAACCACCUCGGAAGAAUGACCCUCCCUAUCCACUGGUUCCUGUACACUUAGAUGGGAUUGUCUAAGGGUUUGAUUACAUUUCCUUUCUUUUGACACAAUUUCUGUUAAGUUUUUUCUGCUUUUGGUUUUCUUAUUUAAUGUCCUUUCUCCCUCUGAAGAAAGAAGGUGAUGAGAAGUUAGGAGUACCUCGGAUAUUGGACUAGACUUGGGAAUAAUACGUAUGUUUAUAUAUUUUCUCUGCUUUGGAGAUCUGUUUGUGUUGAAGCAAGGCAAAUACGGAAAGGGGGAAGAGGGACAUAGGCCUUGGGACUUUUGCCAAACUGUAAUGCACUGUAUUCACAAUAAUAAAACCACUUCCUACUGCUUGCUA